ACCCUGGCAAGUGUGGGGUUAGUGUACGGUUAAGACUCGGAAUGAGGUCAAAGGACAUGGCAACUUCCUUGUUUUAGAUCGCUGUGUUCCUCACUACCACUCAUGUUUCUUAUGAAACCACUUUGACACCUAAAUCCUUAAAUGACACCACUUUUGUCUUAGUCUCACCUUCUCAACUCCCUCUCACACUCACCCUUUCUUUCUGCUUCAGCUUUCUUCUCUCUUCUCAUUCAGCAGAUUGUCUCUGCUUACCAUUUUGGAGAAGACAUCAGGGGUUUCCAAAUAAGUUAAACAUGAUAAAACGGUUUCCAAGUAGGAAUCAUAGGUCCAAAGGCAUCAAGGUAAAGCAUGUCCUGCAAGUUCUUCUGUUGCUUGGUGUUUGUUUCUGGUUGAUCUACCAGGUAAAGCACAAUCAUGAUAAGAAGAAGGAAUUUGACAAGAAGGAUCUGAAACUUUCUGUCAGUACCCAGACAGAUCCGAUCCUGAAACCUGGUAGAAAAGAACUUCCAGGUAAGCAUGACGAAAGUCAGAAUGAAAAACAUGAGGAAGAUGAGGAAGAUGAACAUAUUGAAGAGGAUGAAGAAAAUAAACAUGAUCACGAAGAACAGGAAGACGCAGGCAAGCAUGAAAGUGAAGAACAUGAAGAUAACAAUCAUAAAGGCAGAGACCAAAAUAAACAGGGAGCAGAAGAGCUGGAGGAGGAGGAUGAAAACAAAAAUGAAGAUGUUGAAGAUGAAGGAAGAGGGGUCGGAGACGAUGAGAUUGAUGAAAAUGAUCAAGAGAAAUCAGAGGUGGAUACUGCUGAUCGUGAUGAUGAGUUCUUGGACGAAGAGAAAGAGAAAGAACAAGAGCCUGAUGAGAAGGAGAAUGGAAAUGGGGAUGAGGAAAAAGGAGGUUUAGUUGAAAACCACAACAAUCAUGAGGCCCGGGAGGAACAUUACAAGGGGGAUGAUGCUUCUAGUGCUGUGACCCAUGAUACUCAUGCAACUAGCACUGAAACUGAGACAGUUAGCUUGGAAAACUCUGAUGUAAACUUAGAAAUGAAUAUCACAAAAUCUGAAAACGAGGCAACUUAUUCAGAUGAAAGUGUCAAGAAUCAAAAUGUUUCAGAUUUGAGGGCUUCAGAAAGUGAUGUGAUCGACGGGAUUUCUUCAAAUGAAACUGCUGUUAAAGAGACUGGAAAUAAUACUUUGUCCAACCCUGUGGAUGAUAGCUCAUUUCUAAAUAAAACAACCUCAACAAACUCUGAACCAGGCAGUAAUCUGACAGUAGUGACCACAGGAGUGAGCAAUAACUUGACUGCAGCUGGUAAUGACACUACAAGUUCGUCUGAACAAAAUAAAACAGUGUUAUUAGCUGAAUCUGACCAAGCACAGAGCAUCACGAACAACACAACAAUCACUGAAGAUGUCAAAAUUGUGCAAACAGAGGGAUUAGAUCAGAGUGGCGGUGAACAUUCUGAAGAAAAGCUGCAUAAUACUGGUUCGGCUGACUUUUAUAAAACUGAAAAUGGAGAUGCAGCUGCAGGAGAAUCAUCUAAUCUAGCAGCUUCAAAUGUAACUGAGAAACCUUACAGAAAUGAGAGGUCUGAAUCUGAUAGCUCUGAUAGUGGCAAGUCCCAAGGUAACAAUGAAACGAGUGAAACUCAGAAUGCUGAUGCCACGAAGGAUGAAACGUCCGAAGGAGACACUCAAACAAAUGAAACCGAUGAAACAUCAGACUCUUCCUCUGCCAAUGAAAGUUUGGAUUCAGCUGAACUUGAUGCCAUCGAUUCUUCUGAUAGUCGUAUCCACGAGGAUGCUGCCGAAGUUCGAACCGAUCUGGAUACAUUGCCAGAUAUCAGAAGUGAAGUAGAUGACGAAACUGCCGCAGAGUGAAGUGCAAAUAAUGUCAUUGGGUUCUUGAAAAGAGCUCUUUCAGUUUUUCUUCUGACCCAUUUGUUAAAAUCUGUUUGCUUGACACAGGUUGUUUCAAGGCAAGAUCUUUAAAGGCGCAAACACAAUUUAGAGGAUAUUUUUAAUGAUUGUAUCAAGGUCUGGAUGUCUGUAAUUUGUUGCUACAUUCCGCUGUCUGCUACUUUUGUUCCACUUAUUUUUGCGUGAACUUCUCGUUCUUAAUAUUUUUUCUAUAGGACAUUUUUUUAUUAUUA